GAAAGAUAUUUCCCGUCAGCCUCGCAGCAGACAGCAGACAGCCGAGCAAAGGCGAGGUGAAGGCCGAGGAGAAGACCGAGGUGAGGGAUGGCAGAGAACAACUCCGAAAGCAGCGGCUCCGUUUACCGCCGGUGCCUGACUCACUCUCCGGCGGACAGAAACGUCUCCUCCGGUGCUGGGUCGUCGAAAUGGAUUCGGCUAAACGUCGGAGGGACUUAUUUUUUAACAACUAGGCAGACAUUGUGUCGCGAUCCGAAAUCAUUUCUUUACAGGCUGAGCCAAGCUGACCCGGAGCUCGAUUCUGACAAGGAUGAAACUGGUGCCUAUCUCAUCGACAGAGACCCUACUUAUUUUGGACCAGUGCUCAACUACUUGAGGCAUGGCAAACUGGUGCUCAACAGGGACCUAGCAGAGGAAGGUGUCCUUGAAGAAGCAGAGUUUUACAACAUCACAUCAUUAAUAAAACUCAUCAAGGACAAGAUCAGGGACAGAGACUGCAAGACAUCGCAGGUGCCAGUGAAGCACGUGUAUCGAGUGCUGCAGUGCCAAGAAGAGGAGCUGACACAGAUGGUGUCAACCAUGUCGGACGGCUGGAAGUUUGAACAGCUUGUCAGUAUAGGUUACGGGCGGGCCCACCAGUCAGAGUUUCUGCUCAUUGUGUCAAGGGAAGUGAAGGGAGAGGCGUCGGCUUUGCCAAACAGCGGAGAGCUGGUCAGCAUUGGCUCCUCUUACAACUACGGCAACGAAGACCAAGCUGAGUUCCUGUGCGUCGUCUCCAAGGAGCUGCACAAUCAAUCCUACGGGACAAACAGUGAGCCCAGUGAGAAGGCAAAGAGUGACGACGAAGACACGGAUUAUGAAAUGAAUGACUCUGAUUAGGGUUGAGCACUCAUGACUCACUGAUACUUCAGGAAAGGGGUUCCCGAAUGUGAAGAGGAUUGAGUAUUAUGAGCUCGCAGGUGUUAUGAUGCAAACAUAUCAUCCUUGUGGAAGACUUACUUGGCACAAAGGAGAUUUCAUGUGGGCGGGGGGUUGUUCAUUUAUUUUGUUUUCCCUCCAUUUUAUUUUUUAUUUCUUGGUGUAAAUACGACUGCUUACUGACAAUUUGUGCCUGUACAUUUUGAACUGGAACUUUUUAACUUGAGGCAGGUUUUUUUAAUUUAAUUUUUUAAAGCUAAUUGAAAAAACAUGGCCUUCAUCAUAUUGGCCAGUGAUUCUCUCAGGGUCACCUAUGGAGUUAGUUAGAUCCUGCAACUUGCUGUGGUAUCAUAUUAAAAAUAGUUCUUGGAGAUUGCAAGAAGGGAAUUAGCAUUUAUUUAAAAACCACAAAGGUCUGUGGUCAUGGUACUACUUUAUUUUUCUGUAGCGCCAUGCAUUGUCUUCCAACAAGGCAGCAUUGCCCCUUUACAGAUGCAUGUGGUCAUCACUGCACUGUCGAACGCUCCUAAGGAUAUUUCAGUCUUUCCUCUGCAAUCAUUUAAGACUCGGAGUGCUGCAUUUGAUUGGUCAUAUUUUCACAAAUCUCGGUUGGAGACGUCAUGUUUAUACACGUCUUUAUAUAAGUCAUUUUGUCAGGAACAUCCUUUAGCGUUUUCUUUUUCCGACUGACUUAUUACUUUUGUGUUUUUUUGUUUGAGGGAACAUCUCUUUUGAUAUCAUUUUUAAGGGUAGAAGUAUUUUUGGUGUAAGAGGAUUGCAGACUGGAACUGUUUUGAUGACAGUGAACAAAUAUCUGUUCAUAUCCAGAGAAUUUUACUUUUGGUGUAAAUAAUCAAAAACCUAUAUGGAUAUUUAACUCAUUUAAAAAGAAUGCACGUUUUGUACACUGUAUAGAAAAACCACAACUUCAAAUGGAAGUUGUUUAUACUGGAUUGUUAAAAAAGAAAAAGAAAAAAAGAGAAUCUUGACAAUAUUAGCCUGUUUUGCAUAGUUUGUAUAGGAUUUAAGAGAUUUCUGAGUGAGAUUGAACAAGGUGUCUUUUCACUGAGAACAUGCCUGGACAUGUUUUUAUUAACAAUAACAAAGCGAUACUCUGCUUUGAAGUUGACUGUUACAUUAUAAAUGUGUACUUUUCUCUCUCCCCCCCCCCCCCCCCCCCCUCCUUCCCCUGCCAUGUGACAGAUUGUUCUAAACAUUUUGAAUUGUGUAGUCAAUACACAGCAUUACAAGCACUACAGUGGGAACACAACACUGUGCACAUUGCUAACAGCCUGUAAUGUUACUGUAAAUACUGCAACAUUUAGAACACUUUUUUUUUAAACAUAUUUCCAGGUGUGCAGUUUUGAUAGGUUUCAUUCAGAAAUAAUAAUUUAGUAUUGCCUUUUUCCUCACCCUUAUUGACCAAAAUCCAAUGUCUUACGUGUAUUGCACACAUUGAUAUUUAGUGUCAGGGAAGAGCAAACCUUUCUUAUUGUCAGCACACUUUGUACAUAUGCUAACAACACUCUUAAGACUUCCAUUUAUUCACACACACUUGACUAAAACAGUUUUAUAUUGUUGAAGAGUUAAGUAUGGAUGCAUGUUUUUUUUUGUUUUUUUUUUUUAAACUAUAGAUACACAUAUUUCCCCUCGCACAAGGGCUUUUACAAUUGAGAUUAUCAAAGGUUCAAUCAGAGUAGACUGUGUUUUGCAAAUUCUAGGCUGUGUUUACAUUUGCUAUAGUAUUCUGAAGCCUUCCAAUUUUGUACUGUGUUGCACACCCUCAUGCAUGUAAACAAUGUGUGACUGCACCUAUGGCAACAAGCACUCCACAUGAACUGAUGACAGACGUGCUGAGUGAUGAUACCACACUCCAUCCAUCCACUUGAGCGUUGCAGACAAUCUUUAUUUCUGCUCUUUGAUGGCAGAAAUGCUCGCUUUAACAUGAUGAAACUCACCUUUGUGGGUUCAGAGCAGCGGUACUUUUUCUUUUUUUUUUUUUUGACAGUGAGAUUUAAUUGCGUCGCUGUU